AUGGCGGCUGGACAGGAGCGGCCCAAGCAAAGCAGGGACCUUGGGCUGCUGCUCACCGCUGGCUGUGGGACAGCUGCAAGCCUGCCAAGCGCUCAGGACCCUGUGACAGGAUCUGUGUCCUUCUCCCGGGUCCCUGGGGGGCCGGUGCUGUACCAGGUGGAACGGACCCGUACAGGAAAGAGCUACUCUGUCUGCUCCGUAAAAGCCAUCCAGCACGGGGAGGCAAUCUUCACCUGCCAGGCCUCCUUCUGGCCUUCCCAGGAGAGUCAGGUGCAGCACCAGCAGGCCACCAUGCCUGCAGUACCACCCCCUGAGCACCUGCUGACACAAGAGGAGCUCACAGAGAAGUACCUGCAGGAUUCUCACCUGCCAGAGAAGUACAAGCAACACCUCCACGAGCUCCUAGCAGAAGAUGUGCCGAUGGAGAUCAAACCUGUCAGCCCACCGGCUGCAUUCUGCUUGGAGGCACAGGAACCGAAGCAGCUCCUCUGGGUGCGAGCACGAGGGCACAUAGGAGAGACCGAUACGAAGGUGCACUGCUGCGUGGCCGCCUACAUGUCGGACUACGGCUUCCUGGGCACGGCGCUGCUCCCGCACCGGCAGUACCACGCCAAGUUCCUUCUGUCCGACAGCCAUGCCAUGCGGUUCCAUUCAGCAUUCCGAUCAGACCACCGGAUGCUGUGCGAGUGUGAGAGCCCCUGCUUUGUUGGGUCACAGGCACUGGUGCAGGGACGGCUGUGGCGCAGGGAUGGGGUCCUGGCUGUCACCUGUAUGCAGCAGGGAGUCAUCGUGCUGGAGCCAAGGCAGAGCAAACUCUAG